AUGGUGUUUGUACACAUUGUGCUGUUCAAAGUGAAGCCGCAAGUCUUGAACAAUGGCUUUGAAGAAUUCAAGGCCCGUCUAGAGACGCUCCGUGAUCUGCAGAUUACCAAGGACGUUGUGAAGCAGCUCAAGUUCAGUCCCCCGAUCUGGGACACUCGGGCACACGGCUUCAACUACGGUCUCUAUACUAUCUUUGAGACGCGCGAGGAUCUCGAGCGCUACAAGGAAGACAAUGAUCACAAGGACAGCGCUUCGGACCGCGACGUGGUGUGGCGGAUCACUGGGGAUACGCCAACGAUGCCUUUGACCAAACGUGCAGUGAGCUCUCACGAUGUUUUGCGCAGUGAUUCAGAGCACCAGGGACUCUCUCGCGUCUCUUCUGCCUAUGAUACGAUCCCGUCCGAUAUUCAGAAUCGACUGCAAAGCAUGAGCUGGCGCAUACGGUCAAAUGUGAGCCGCGGCUACCUGGGCCAUACAAAGACAUAUGACGCCCAAGAUUCGGGCGGCACCGAGUUUCAGUCGGCUAAUUCGACGCUUGAGAAUGUGAAGAGCACCUACAAUCAGUGGGGACGCACCGCCUCGGUGCCGAAUGGUGCCCUGCGCGGCCAUGGAAAUAUGAUGCCGCCGCCGCCGCCGCCCAAUAUGAUGUCACGAUGGUCCUCGGACACGGAGACGGCAAAUACAUCCUUCGGCUCUAGUGUGCCCUCGCUCUCCUUGAAGCGUGGCAUGGGUGAAGACGACAGUGAUGCGAUCCUGGCUGGUGCCUUUGCUGAUGAAGACGGUAGCUUUGGCGCAUCGUGGGACGCACCCAUGGUACCUGAAGAGAACAGUCCGCCGUCAAUGGACGGCCCUACCCUCUCCGGUAGCCGGCCCAUGCGGCCACUGCCGUCUCGUGGACCCUUCCGCCCGGCACUCUCCUUGCCUGUGGUAUCGCAGCCAUUCACUCAUAAUGAUGCACGGCAGGCCAUGGACCUAGCUGAAGAGGACGGCUCGGAGCAGUUCCACCACAUUGAUUUCUCGGCGUACGCGGCGAACCCCGAUGGAUUUUAG